AUGGGUGUUUUAACCACUGGUAAUAUCCACGAAGCGGAAUUCGUGCCGAAUCCGGCUAGGAUGGCGCUUCCAAUCAGCAGUACCUCAAAUUCAGCCAUGGCAACCCCUGCUCGCUUGAAUCUGCCUCUCAUCACCAGAGAUAGAGACGACUCCAAUUAUACCGAUACAGAGAGUCUUUUUUCAAAUAAAGACAACGCAAGAUCCAAAGAUACAUCGGUACCCGAUGAAGUACUUCCGUUGGUCCAUCGUUGGUCCCAUACACAUUCGAUUUUGAGUGUGGUGGCUGCUCCAUCCAGAGGGUUGAUCUUCUGUGGAACCCAAGACUCCAAAAUCCUAGUGUUUGACAUAAAGACCUACAGCCUUCGGCAUGUGAUCAACUGCGGCCAUAACCAGUACUCCACUUCCAUUCUCUGUCUUACGAUAACUCCUGAUGAACACUUUUUGUUUGGUGCUGGGUCAGACUCUCUCGUCAAAGUGUGGGACUUGACUCCAUUUGACGAUGCCACUGCUGCGGAGUAUACAGUGCCAUGCACUCAUAUCAUUUAUACAUUGGUGGACAUUGGAGACAUUUUUUCAAUUUCAUACUCGCUGUCCCUCUCGGCGUUGUUUGUGGGAGCUCAGAAUGCCUCCAUCUCAUGGUGUGUGCUUAACUUGGAGCAGAAAAGAGAUCCAACCUCCCACGAAACUUCCAUCGAUAAGUUGCCCCACUUCCGUUUCGACAAGUUUUUUGACUCCAAAGGACCCGGUGGCUCUGUCAAUCGCUUGCAACUGGAACAUGAGCUUUUCCGCUCUGCUAAGAAGAACUCAGAUUCUCCAUCCUUAGUUGAGAUGUGUAACACCAUCAGAUUUGCCCACAAUGGCUAUGUAUACUGUAUGGAGUUUCUUCAUGCUCAGAACGCCCAGGAGUUCUGUGAGAUAUACAGAGCUAGGUACGAUCACUUUCUCGUUAGUUGCGGGGGUGACGGAGUUAUUUGUAUAUGGGGCAUCAGUGUUCACGAUGAAGGAAUCUCGCUCGAGGUUAUCUCAAAGUUGGAUAAUGAUGAGUCCAUAUUGUCCAUGCAUGUCACUGACUCAUCCAUUUAUGUUGGACUUUGCGACUCUAGCAUUAACGCAUGGGACUUGACAACCUUCCAACUCACUCGUUCAUACCGGUUUAUCUCAGGAAACGACAGUGGCGAUGAGAUUCUAUCCCUCUGCAUUUACAACGGCUGUAUCUAUAAGGCCACAAACAUGGGCGGACUAUGCAAAUUCACUCUCCGGCAUGACUUGAACGACACAAACUCCACACUGCCCAAUGAACUUAUAGAACGAGAUUUAGACUUUGGCCUGUUCUUGCAUCAGGAGUUCAUCAAUGUCGAAGAAAGUUCGGUAUUUGCUGUCCAAACCUUCCAUCACAACGAUACUACCUAUUUACUAUCUGGAGGUUCAGGCUCAUUAUGUUUAUGGAACAUUACCAAUGUUGGUCAUACUGACACCUCAAAAGACUCGGCCGAAUGUGACAAAUCUCCCUGUGAAUUGGGCCACAUAGCAAGCGAUGAACAUAUGCUCGAGUCACUCAAAAAAUUCAUCACUUACAAAACCAUUUCCAAGUAUCCACGCUUGUAUUUGGAAGAAUCAAGACAAUGUGCAAGGUACCUAAGUGCUUUGUUCAAAUCACUUGGUGCAGCAGAAACAAAGCUUUUACCUGUUCCAAAUGGCAAUCCGGUUGUUUUCGCAACAUUUAAAAGAAAUUGUGAAAUAACGUCAAAUGAUGUCCCUGUCCGGGUCUUAUGGUAUGGACAUUAUGACGUUGUGGAAGCAGUGAAGGAUAAAGAGUGCUGGUCGACCGAUCCUUUCAAGUUGACAGCUGCGAAUGGAAACUUGUAUGCCCGUGGUGUUUCCGAUAAUAAGGGCCCCACCCUUGCAGCAAUGUACGCUGUAGCAAGUCUUUAUGAAGCAAAGCAGCUCUCUACUGAUGUGGUUUUUGUUGUUGAAGGAGAGGAAGAGUGUGGCUCCAUUGGCUUUCAAGACGCGAUUAACAAGCAUAAAGGUUUAAUUGGUAAGAUCGAUUGGAUCAUGAUUUCAAACUCCUAUUGGUUAGAUGAUGAUAUUCCAUGUUUGAACUAUGGAUUACGGGGAGUUCUCAAUGCAAAUAUAGUGGUUGAAUCCGAAAAGCCUGACAGACACUCUGGAGUGGAUGGAGGUGUCUCAAAGGAACCUACCAUGGAUUUGAUUCAGAUCAUUUCCCAACUUAUGUGUCCUACCUCAAGCAAGGUAAUGAUUCCAGGAUUCUAUGAUGACGUUAUGCCUGUUGAUGACAACGAGUUGCGCUUUUAUGAAAAGAUCAGAAAGUCUUCUGCCAGUGUUGAGUUCGUUGGUCACGACUUGGAAACCCUUCUCGCAAAAUGGAGAAAUCCAUCAUUAACUGUUCACAGAAUCGAUGUGUCAGGUCCCAGAAACAACACUGUUAUCUCUCAGAGAGCCAAUGCUUCCAUUUCCAUCAGAGUUGUUCCUUGUCAAGAACUUUCCAAGAUCAAAGAAUGUCUUGUACAAUUUCUUCAGCUGAAAUUUGGCUCCUUGGGAAGUGAGAAUAAAUUGACCGUCAACUUUUUCCAUGAAGCUGAGCCCUGGUUGGGUGAUCCUAACAAUCUUGUUUAUCUGAUUCUUUACGAGAAGAUGAAACUCAAUUGGGGACCAUCAGUUCCCGAACCGUUGUUCAUCAGGGAGGGUGGAUCGAUUCCUUCCAUUAGAUUCUUGGAAAAAGCAUUUGACGCUCCCGCGGCCCAAAUUCCUUGUGGUCAAGCAAGUGACAACGCUCACUUGAAAGAUGAAAAGCUUCGUAUUGUGAAUCUCUACAAGUUGAAGAGUAUCUUAUCUGACACCUUCAGUGAACUUGGACUUGCAUCCUCCAACGCAUCUAAGACUUUUUAA